AUGAUCUCAUUGACCAAUAUGCCACGUGAUCACCACCACGUCUCUCUGUUUCCCAUUUGCAGACUAACCACGAUGGUCGCUGUCUCCGUAGAAUCGACGGAGAUUGCAAGGGCCUCACUCCACACCCGGCUUCCAGUCAUCGCGCACCUCUAUGCUCUCCCGUUCCUCUCGCUUUACCCCUUGCUCGCAUAUGCCUACUUCAUCAAGUACGACACGUGGCUUGUCUCUGAGGAGUGGACGUUCCUCGCAUGUGUGACCCUGGGCACCACACAUGCCCUUAGUUUUCUCGUUACGCGCUGGAGCGGUGCAGCACGCGCUUGGGUUACCACUAAUGUCGCUCAGUCCAUUCAAGAAGCUGAUUGCAUUCGGCUUGUGCCACACCAACAUCGGGGUCAAGGAGAGAUAGUCGAUAUCCAGAAGAAGGUCGAAGACGAUCCCUCAACGUAUACGUUCAGUUAUCAGCGGGAUACGUAUAUCAUGGAAUCCUUUUCGCCCUUGGUUUUCACUCGACUUCCCUACCCUUCUACGACACGUCCCGCACUCUCCAAGUUCAUGGAGCCUCAGGGCAUUCCGAAUGAAGAUAUUCCAACGCUCCUCUCAUUGUACGGCGGCAACGAGUUCAAUGUUCCCAUCCCAUCCUUCUUCGAACUGUUCGGCGAACAUGCCACCGCUCCGUUUUUCGUGUUCCAGAUCUUCUGCGUGGCUCUCUGGUGCUUGGACGAGUACUGGUAUUACAGUCUGUUCACAUUGUUCAUGCUUGUCAUGUUCGAAUGCACAGUUGUCUAUCAACGAGUUCGAACUUUGACGGAAUUCAGAACCAUGUCUGUGACUCCAUACCCCAUCCAAUGCUACCGCGAUCAGAAAUGGCAGGAAGUCCAAACUGACAAACUGCUGCCCGGAGAUGUCAUCUCAUUGAUCCCACAGCAAAACGAGCUUGUGGUUCCUGCCGACGUCCUCCUGGUCCAUGGCACGUGUAUUGUCAACGAGGCCAUGCUCUCCGGAGAGUCCACCCCCCUGCUCAAGGAGUCCAUUCAACUGCUGGAUCCCAACGACAAACUCGACGUAGAUGGUGCUCAUAAAAAUGCCGUGCUUUUCAGCGGAACCAAAGUUGUGCAGGCAUCUUCGGUAUCGCAGACAGGACUCGUGGCACCCCUGAGCACUCCCGACAACGGCUGUCUUGGGGUCGUUUUGCGCACCGGCUUCGGAACGGCACAAGGUCAACUUGUUCGUACCAUGAUUUUCAGCAGCGAGCGCGUCUCCGCCAACAAUUUGGAGAGUUUCCUAUUCAUUGGUUUCCUUCUCAUCUUUGCCAUUGCUGCCAGCUGGUACGUUUGGGUUAAGGGGAUCGAGCGCGAUUUGAAGAAGAGCAAACUGCUCCUGGACUGCGUGCUCAUCGUCACGAGCGUCGUUCCUCCCGAGCUACCGAUGGAACUGUCUUUGGCUGUCAAUGCGUCGCUGGUCGCCCUAUCCAAGUUUGCUAUCUUCUGCACAGAGCCUUUCCGUAUUCCAUCCGCAGGACGUGUCGAUGUGUGCUGUUUCGAUAAGACUGGAACUAUUACCGCUGAAGAUCUUGUGCUGGAAGGUGUUGUCGGUGUCGAUGCCACAGACAACUUGAAACUGGUGGACGUCAAAGAAAUCUCGCGUGAAACAACCUUGUGUUUGGCUGCGGCCCACGCUCUCGUUCGUCUGGACGAUGGUACGAUUGUGGGCGAUCCUAUGGAGAAGACGACACUCGAGGCUUUGGACUGGACUCUGCACAAAGGAGAGCAAUUGUCACCGGCCAAGCCCAAUGCUCCCCACAAAGCUCAGAUUUUGAUUCGCCGGCGGUUCCAGUUCUCCUCUGCUCUGAAGCGCAUGUCGACCGUCUCUACUUUGACCAAUGGGAAAGCGUUUGUCGCUGUCAAAGGCGCACCAGAGACCAUCAAGUCCAUGUUAACCGUCGUGCCAACACAUUAUGAUGACACUUACAAGUAUUAUACUCGUAAGGGUAGCCGAGUCCUGGCGCUCGCCUACAAGGAAUCGGAGGCCAUGCCGAUCGAAAAGAUUAACAAACUCUCUCGUGAUCAUGUGGAAUCGAAACUCUCCUUCGCUGGUUUCCUCGUCUUUCACUGUCCACUCAAGGCAGAUGCUAUUGAAACGCUGCAGAUGCUAGCAGAUUCUUCACACCGAUGCGUUAUGAUCACUGGGGACAACCCACUGACUGCUGUGCAUGUUGCCAAGGAGGUCGAGAUCGUGGACCGCCAAGCCCUCAUUCUCGACUUGAAAGAGAAUCCUUCAUCCGAAAGGGAUCUGGAGUGGCGCACGGUCGACGAGAGCAGAAUCAUCCCGGUCGAUCCAGCUGAGCCGUUGGACCGAACUCUGUUCGAACACUUUGAUAUUUGCAUCACUGGUGCUGCUAUGAAACAGUAUCAAGACCGACCCGGCUGGACUGAUCUUGUUCAAAAUACCUGGGUGUAUGCUCGUGUCUCGCCAGCCCAGAAGGAGGCCAUCUUGACGACGCUCAAAAGUCUGGGGUACAUCACUCUGAUGGCCGGCGACGGGACUAAUGACGUCGGUGCCCUCAAGCAGGCCCACAUUGGUGUUGCGCUCCUCGACGGCACUCCUGAAGACCUGCAGAAGAUUGCUGAGCGUCAAAAACUGGAGCGGAUAAAAAAAGUGUACGAGAGUCAGCUCUCUAUUUCGGCGCGUUUCAACCAGGCGCCGCCACCGGUGCCUGCGGCCAUCGCCCAUCUCAUUCCCCAUGUGGUCGCAGCCCAGCAGCAAGCAGCCACUGAACAGGCCAACGCACGUCGCAGAAAUCCGAUGGAACGAUUCAAUCUCGAUUCUAUCACCAAUGCCAUGUCGGAGCUGGAUGAUGACGACGAGGUACCCAAGAUCAAGUUGGGAGACGCGUCUUGCGCUGCGCCCUUCACAUCCAAAUUGUCGCAUGUCGCCGCUGUGUCGCAUAUUAUCAGACAGGGCCGCUGCACUCUGGUUGCGACGAUUCAGAUGUACAAGAUUCUUGCACUCAACUGUCUGAUCACAGCCUACUCGCUCAGCGUCCAGUAUCUGGAUGGAAUCAAGUUUGGAGACUAUCAAUACACGAUCACGGGCAUGAUGAUGUCCGUCUGCUUCUUGUGCAUCUCCCGAGCAAAGCCUGUCGAGAAACUCUCCCGGGAACGACCUCUAGGGAACAUUUUCAAUCUCUAUGUCUUCUUAUCCAUCGUGUUACAGUUUGCACUGCACAUCGUGACGCUAGUGUAUAUGACGAAUCUGUCCCACAUUCGUGCCCCUCGUCAAGGCCCCAUUGAUUUGGAAGCCAAGUUUGAGCCGAGUUUGUUGAACACUGCCAUCUACCUGCUUGGGCUUUCGCAGCAAGUCUCGACGUUCGCCAUUAACUACCAGGGCCGGCCCUUCCGUGAAGGUAUCCGCGAGAACAAGUACCUGUACUGGGGUCUGCUCGGUGCCAGUGCUGUAGCAUUCUCCGGUGCAACCGAUUUCAUGCCCGAGAUGAACCGCUGGCUGCAAAUCGUAGAGAUGGAAAGCGACUUCAAGGUCAAACUGACUGCAAGCAUGAUCCUCGAUUUCGCUGGCUGCUGGGUCAUUGAAAUGACGUGCAAACACCUCUUUGCCGAUUUGGCACCGAAGCGGAUGGUGACCAAGGGCAGAGAACGCAGGGAAGCCAGGAGAGCAGAGCAGGAGCGACUGCGGGUCAAGGACAGCUUCAAGAAAAAGGAACAGUAGAUGCAGG